AUGAAUCUGAAAGGGGUUAGGACCAGUAGUAAUCUCGAUCCAAGUUCAAAAAAGGCCAUCAUAGAAAAAAGAUUAGAAUCACUACGUAAGCAGGCAAAUGAAUUAUCUAUUUUAUGUGGUAUAGAAAUCGGUCUGAUUGUUUUUGCUCCUGGAGAAAACAAUCCCUAUACUUGGCCCUCUUCAGCCAAGGCUAAAGAUAUAGUCAGGGAAUAUUUAGCUUGCCCCGAGGAUAAAAGGUUGAAUAAUUUGUUCAAUCUUGAAAAGCACCUUCAAUUAGCAGUGAAUGCUCGGGAAGAUUAUAUUAAUAAAAUAGAGCAAAUGGUUGAGGAAAUGGAAAUUGAGACCCUCUUCAACCAACUUGUUGAGGGAGCAAAAACAUUUAAUGAACUUGGUGUUAGAGAAAUUAAUGGUUUGAAAAAGCUAUUUGCUGUUAAGAGGAUCAAACUUGAGGAAAGGAAGAAAACGCUUAAUGAAGAUGUUGAAAAAGAAAUUGGUUCUAAUGAACAAAUUGUAGGAGAAGAGACUGAUGGGCAUCCUUAG